UCUGGAGGCGAAGAGGCUGGGACUGGCGCGGCGAGCCGCGAGGACCGAGCCUGCCUCCUGCCCGCCGGCCGCGAGCUGGCUCUGCUUCUAAGCGCAGUCUAGCCGUGAGGCCCGUGCCGAGGGAGCCUUCUGGCCCCGCGGUUGUGCGCUCUCGGGGAGAGGAGGGGUGCCCUGGACAGGAUUGGCAAACUCCGCCCUCCACUUAUUAUUUUGCUUAUUUUUCUUUGUGCGCGCUUGUUAGUUUGUUAAAUCAGAUCUAGUCCCAGAGUCUUUUCUCCUCCCUUCUCCCCCCUCCUCCCCCCCCCCAGGUCCUUCUACUUCCCCUCCUCCCUCCUAUCCCUCUGCAGGAGACUCUCGCAGCGACGGAAAGUUGCAGCCCCUGGUACUGCCUUGGGGGUCUCCCGACUGUGUCCAACCGCCGCCACCCCUCUCCGACUGCGACACUUCGGAGAUCUCCUUCGCCCGCACCCUCGCUCAUUUCAGCCGGAUCGCUGGUGACCAGAACGCCCCACCCAUGACGAUGCUCCUGGACGGAGGCCCGCAGUUCCCCGGGCUGGGAGUGGGCAGCUUCGGCGCGCCGCGCCACCACGAGAUGCCCAACCGCGAGCCGGCGGGCAUUGGGCUGAAUCCCUUCGGGGACUCGCCCCACGCCGCCGCCGCCGCCGCCGCCGCCGCCUUCAAGCUGAGCCCCGCCGCGGCUCACGAUCUGUCUUCCGGCCAGAGCUCGGCGUUCACGCCGCAGGGUUCGGGUUACGCCAACGCCCUGGGCCAUCAUCACCACCACCAUCACCACCAUCACCACGCCGGCCAGGUGCCCAGCUACGGCGGUGCCGCCUCCACCGCCUUCAACUCCACUCGCGACUUUCUGUUCCGCCAGCGCGGCUCCGGGCUCGGCGAGGCGGCCUCGGGUGGCGGGCAGCACGGGCUCUUCGCCGGCUCGGCGAGCAGCCUGCACGCUCCGGCUGGCAUUCCUGAGCCCCCCGGCUACCUGCUCUUCCCCGGGCUGCACGAGCAGGGCGCCGGGCACCCGUCGCCCACCGGGCACGUGGACAACAACCAGGUCCACCUGGGGCUGCGCGGAGAGCUGUUCGGCCGCGCCGACCCGUACCGCCCGGUGGCCAGCCCGCGCACGGACCCCUACACGGCCGGCGCGCAGUUCCCUAACUACAGCCCCAUGAACAUGAACAUGGGCGUGAACGUGGCGGCCCACCACGGGCCCGGCGCCUUCUUCCGUUACAUGCGGCAGCCCAUCAAGCAGGAGCUGUCGUGCAAGUGGAUCGACGAGGCUCAGCUGAGCCGGCCCAAGAAGAGCUGCGACCGGACCUUCAGCACCAUGCACGAGUUGGUGACACAUGUCACCAUGGAGCAUGUGGGGGGCCCGGAGCAGAACAACCACGUCUGCUACUGGGAGGAGUGCCCCCGCGAGGGCAAGUCCUUCAAGGCGAAGUACAAACUGGUCAAUCACAUUCGGGUGCACACGGGCGAGAAGCCUUUCCCUUGCCCCUUCCCGGGAUGCGGGAAGAUCUUUGCUCGCUCCGAGAACCUCAAGAUCCACAAGAGGACCCACACAGGUGAGAAACCGUUCAAAUGUGAAUUUGAAGGCUGUGACAGACGCUUUGCCAACAGCAGCGACCGCAAGAAGCACAUGCAUGUGCACACCUCGGACAAGCCCUAUAUCUGCAAAGUGUGCGACAAGUCCUACACGCACCCCAGCUCCCUGCGCAAGCACAUGAAGGUUCAUGAAUCUCAAGGGUCAGAUUCCUCCCCUGCUGCCAGUUCAGGCUAUGAAUCUUCCACUCCACCCGCUAUAGCUUCUGCAAACAGUAAAGAUACCACUAAAACCCCUUCUGCAGUUCAAACUAGCACCAGCCACAACCCUGGACUUCCUCCCAAUUUUAACGAAUGCCUCCUUCUACAAAGAGGAGACGAGAGCAAAUGAAACCUUGUUUGUUGGUAUUUAUAACUCACUCAGAUCCCUUUUUUAAUUGUUAAAUUAUUUUUCUAUUGCAGUAUAGAUUCUUUACAGUGUCAGUUUCCAUCUGGGAAGACCCUCCUUUCUUUAGCUCAGAUGGUUGUUUAACUGCGAGUUUAAAUGUGUUUGUCCUGGAUUUUCGGCAUGCAAAUCAAAUAUUACUGAUCAAUUCAGUUAGUGGCCAUGACAUCUCAAUCUUGUACUUCAAAGACUGAGAAGCUGGAUUUAAUCAUCCCUGCCCUACAUAUAUAAACAUAAGGUAACCUAAUGAGUUUUAUGUCCCUUAGUUUUUUUUUAUUAUCUUACAUAAAAAUGAACAUUGCGGCAAGAUGCAUGUCUGUCUAUUCUAUUGAGAGAUCACCCAUAUACCUAUAUAUGUUUGUAUCUAUGACUUAUCUAAUCUGCCUAUCAAAUCUAUCUAGCUAUCUAUAUAUUUUCAAAAGUAAGCAUGUGUCUGAAACGGUGAUGAGUAAGGCCAGUCGAGCCGUGCUUACUUAUGAUUAAAGUGCUUCUUAAAAGAACCAUAGUCCAUUUACAAUUUUGGAAGGCAAAGGCUGGUUUGUUUUGCUGUAUAUAGUACAAUUCGUAAUUAUCACAAUUAUUCAUAACAUUUUUAUAGCGGUGUAAUAACUGCAGCGGUUCUGAA